AUGCCCGACGCCACCACCACACGCCCCGCGCGGCAAAACCGCAAGCGCAAAAACGCAGACGACCCCGGCAAGCAAAAAGAAUCCCACACCGUCUCGCAAUGCACAAUGCGCAACCUCCCCUGGACAUAUUUCCACCUCGUUCUCGUAACGCCCAGCGCCUUGGCCUCGACUUCCACAUGCAUUUCCACAUCCACAUGCACACAAACACAAACACAAACACAACUACAAACGCCCAGCGCCACAACCCAACAAGACAUGACGCCCUUGGUCGCCUCGCCGCUUCUCACGGCGGCGCUGCGCACCUACCUCGGCACCAUGGGCAGCGCGAUUGCAGUGGAUAUUCUGAAGACGCAGGGCCGCAGCGUGUGGAUCCGGAUUCCGGGGCCGGAUGCGCGGGGGGUGCGCGCUGCGCUGAGUAACUGGGUUGGGAGCGCGGAUGCAGAGGAUGUGCUGGGUGGGGGUGAGGCGGGGAGAGUGCGUGUUGCGUGGAGGGUUGUGGCGUGGAGUGGUGUGUUGGGGGUUGUUGUUGUUGGUGGCGGUGGAGAUGGGAGGGACAUGUUUGGGUGA